CGCUCGGGACUCUUAUUAUGAAACGCGCCGCUGCUGUCACCUUCGCCGUCCUCAUGGCUGGAGAUUACAGCAGAUCUUCAGUUCAUUAACCGAGGAUCUUCAUCGGGCAGCGCAUCCUCAUCCUCAGAUUAAAGCGGCGAGGUCACGAGCACUUCCUCCGUUUCCCACAAUCCUUAGCUGCAGAUCAGUUGAAUGAAAGCGCUCGCUGUGAAGUUCUUCAUUUCGCUUUGGAUUACUGAUCUUCUCUUGGGUUUGUCUACGCGCAGAGGCACUCGUGGAGCUCAUGAAGACUGAACGGGAUGGGGACGGUGUGCUGGAAGAGAGCAGCUCACAGGAGCCUGAGCUCUACAGCCCUGCGUCUCCCGGCCCGCAGCAGGAGCCCAUCUCCACAUACUUCGAGGAGAAGGUUCCCAUCCCUGAGGAUGACAUGACUAAGCUGUUUAGCUUUCGUAAACUCUGGGCCUUCACUGGGCCGGGCUUCCUGAUGAGCAUCGCCUAUCUGGACCCUGGGAACAUAGAGUCGGAUCUUCAGUCUGGGGCUAGAGCGGGCUUCAAGCUGCUGUGGGUUCUGCUGGGUGCCACCAUCAUCGGGCUGCUGCUGCAGCGUCUGGCCGCUCGUCUCGGUGUCGUGACCGGGAUGCAUCUGGCCGAGGUCUGCAACCGUCAUUAUCCUACGGUGCCGCGGAUCAUCCUGUGGCUGAUGGUGGAGCUGGCCAUCAUCGGCUCUGACAUGCAGGAGGUCAUCGGCUGUGCCAUCGCCCUCAAUCUGCUGUCGGUCGGCAGGAUUCCUCUGUGGGCUGGAGUGUUGAUAACCAUCAUUGACACUUUCGUCUUCCUGUUUUUGGACAAGUACGGUCUGAGGAAGCUGGAGGCGUUCUUUGGGUUCCUCAUCACCAUCAUGGCCCUCAGCUUUGGUUACGAGUAUGUGCGUGUGGCUCCAGACCAGGCCGAGGUGCUGAAGGGCAUGUUUGUGCCGUACUGCAGCGGCUGUGGACCCACGCAGCUGGAGCAGGCCGUCGGGAUCGUGGGAGCCGUCAUAAUGCCUCAUAACAUCUACCUGCAUUCUGCUCUUGUGAAGUCACGAGACAUAAAUCGAGCAAACAAGAAAGAGGUGAAGGAGGCCAACAAGUACUACUUCAUCGAGUCCUCCAUCGCUCUCUUCAUCUCCUUCCUCAUCAAUGUGUUUGUGGUGGCCGUCUUUGCAGAGGCCUUUUAUGGCAAGACCAACAUGGAAGUGAGUCUGCAGUGUAAUGAAACAGGAAGUGCUCACAGUGAGCUUUUCCCAGCCAACAAUGAGACACUGGAGGUCGACAUCUACAAAGGGGGUGUGGUUCUGGGCUGUUUCUUCGGCCCGGCUGCGCUGUAUAUUUGGGCCAUCGGGAUCCUCGCCGCUGGGCAGAGUUCAACCAUGACCGGAACCUACUCGGGUCAGUUUGUGAUGGAGGGCUUCCUGAACCUGCGCUGGUCCCGCUUCGCUCGCGUGCUGCUGACGCGUUCCAUCGCCAUCUUCCCCACGCUCCUGGUGGCCGUCUUCCAGGACGUGCAGCAUCUCACCGGCAUGAACGACUUUCUGAACGUGCUGCAGAGCAUGCAGCUGCCGUUUGCUCUGAUCCCCAUCCUGACCUUCACCAGCCUGACCUCACUGAUGAACGACUUCGCCAACGGACUCGUGUGGAAGAUCGGCGGGGGUCUGCUCAUCCUGGUGGUGUGCGCCAUCAACAUGUACUUUGUGGUGGUGUAUGUGACGGCCCUCAACAGCACCGUCCUGAGAGAGAGAGAGAGAGUGUGUGUGUGUGUGAGACUAAAUGUCCACACAAAGAUAGUGUGGCGCUGUCUGAUCGCUCUGGGCGUCUCUCGUCUGGACUUCAGAGGUUCGGUUCAGUAUCCGCCCUCCGUUCUCAUGGAUGAACAGCCAGAGUUUGAUUCCUGAAGCAGUAUGAACACUUGCUUGUUCUUCCAGUGUGAGGAACGUCCUCACUGUAACCAACAGCACAAUCCAAAUAUUAGUCUUUUUUUCUUGGUUUUCCUGCAUCAGUUCCUGAUCACUUUGUAUAGAUCUACUAUUGUAGGUCUGGCAGAACUGAUAGAUCUACUGUGCUCCUCAGAUAACUUAUUUACUACAACAGCUGCAGAAAUAUGGGCUUAAAAUGAUUCCUUACAGAACGUACCCCGAGCGGUCUGUGUACAAUCAGUGUGAAGUCAAGAUAAUUUAACAGUACAAAUUAAACAUAAUGACUCGCUAACUAAUGAUUCAUUUGCUGAUGAACGGCAGACUAGAAGGUUUGAACCGUUAUUUGUAGGUUCUCAAAGGCUGCUUUUCUUACCAUGAAUAAGCUGAUGAAGU